AUAUGAAAGUGUUGAUGUAAACAAAUAUGUGUCGGCAGUUUUAUCAUUAGCUGUUAAUCGAUUGGCACGAAGAAAAUUUUCAAAGUCGCACCAAAACCAUCAUGUUUUGGCACAUAUUUUUGCUCGCUUCGGCGAUCAAAAUGAUGUUUAUCCCCUCCUACCGGUCUACGGAUUUCGAAGUGCACCGGAACUGGUUGGCGAUAACGCACAGUCGACCAAUGUCCAAGUGGUACUACGAGGCCACGAGUGAAUGGACCCUGGACUAUCCGCCGUUUUUUGCGUAUUUUGAAUGGGCUCUGUCGCAGGUCGCGGCCCAUUUUGAUCCGGCUAUGCUCAUCGUGACGAAUCUCAACUACUCAUCCAUGAACACGGUCAUGUUCCAGCGGUUUUCGGUGAUUGUCGCGGAUGUGGUGUUCGCGUUUGGUGUGAAAAGGUGCAUGACCAAGCUGGCGAAGACAAAUAAUCAGUUUACGAUCGGGUCGGGGCUUUUAUUGGCCAAUAUUGGGCUCAUAAUGGUGGACCACAUCCAUUUUCAGUAUAAUGGGUUCCUGUUUGGAGUGCUGCUGCUGAGCAUAAGCUACGUCCUGACUGGAAACUAUCUGGCCUCGGCUUUCUUUUUUGCCAUCCUGCUGAAUCUGAAACAUAUCUUCAUUUACGUCGCUCCGGUUUAUGUCUUAUUUUUGCUGCGGUUUUAUUGCUUCCGUAAUGGGGGUGCUUUAAUUAAACUAAUCAAGCUAGGCGCAAUCGUGGGAACGGUUUGUUUGCUCUCGUUCGGUCCUUUCUAUGAGCAUAUUCCACAGGUACUUUCCCGAUUAUUUCCUUUCAAACGAGGCCUCACUCACGCAUACUGGGCGCCAAACUUCUGGGCAUUAUACAACUUCGUCGAUAAAGUGUUGUCGAUCGCCUUAGGGAGAAAACCAGCGACGGCUUCGGCCACUGGAGGAUUGGUUCAGACAUUCAAUCAUGCGGUGCUUCCAUCAAUUCCACCUUCGGUGACAUUCGUUAUGAGCGCUGUAGCCAUGGUCCCCACCCUCGUGAAACUCUGGUCACUCCGAAACGAGGCUAACUUGGGUCAGAAUUUCAUCCGUGCCAUAACACUAUGCGCCUGUUCUUCCUUCAUGUUCGGCUGGCACGUCCAUGAAAAAGCCAUUCUUAUGAUACUCAUUCCCCUCACAAUCCUUUCCAUCACCAAUCGUACCGACGCCCGAUGGACUAUUUUCCUCGGAAUCUUGGGUCAUUACUCUCUCUUUCCAUUACUUUUCAAAUCUGAUCUUCUACUCAUCAAACAUUCCCUCCACAUUGUCUACACGGGGCUGAGUGUUAUUCUUCUUCGAAAUGUUCACGGCGGUCGAUUCCUCACCGUCCCGGAACGUCUCUAUCUCUAUGGUUUCGUAUUUCUGUCUCUCUUCGAGAACAUAAUACACCCGGCACUCGGCCUAGACCGGACGCUCCCUUUCAUUCCGUUAAUGGCGACUAGCGUCUACUGCGCAAUCGGAGUCUUCUACUUCUGGCUCGCUUACCAAAAGCACUUCAUCACCCAAACUCCAUUCCUUCUCCAACAGACACAAAAACAAGGACUUUCGAAGAAAAAGACUUAAAACAUUCACAUUUCCAUGUAAGUAAAUAAAUAUAUUUAAGAUCUGCGCGCCACCAACAACCAAA